GGUGCUGGAGGAGUCGGAGUGCUGCCUUCUUCGGGAGGAUGGUGGUGGUGGGUGCAAGCGGGGGAGGGCCGCGGCCGUGGCUGGUCUUCUGCCUGAGUCCGCUGCUCCUGGGCUUGGCGACGGGGUGCUCGCGGCCGCCGCAGUGGCCCGUGCCUUACCGGCGCUUUGAUCACCGGCCUCCGGCAGAUCCUUACUGCCAGGCUCGUUACACCUUCUGUCCAACUGGCUCUUCCAUUCCGGUAAUGAACGACAAAGACGUCUUCGAGGUGUAUCGGAUGCAAGCGCCCGUCUGGGAGUUCAAAUACGGAGAUCUCCUGGGCCGCCUGAGAGUCAUGCACGAUGCGGUUGGUUUCAAGAGUUCGCUAACGGGGAAGAACUAUACGAUGGAAUGGUACGAGAUGUUCCAGCUGGGGAACUGCACGUUUCCGCACCUCCGCCCUGACGUGCCGGCCCCCUUUUGGUGCAAUCAAGGGGCUGCCUGCUUUUACGAAGGGAUCGACGACGCCCACUGGAAAGAGAAUGGGAGUUUGGUUCUGGUUGCCACCGUUUCAGGUGCUAUGUUUAACCAGAUGGCAAAAUGGGUGGAUUACGACAACAGAACUGGAAUUUACUAUGAGACCUGGGUGGUCAAAGAGAGUCCAGAGGAACAGGCCAGGGUAUGGUUUGAGGCCUACGAGUGCUCCAAAUUUGUCCUAAGGCUGUAUCAACAACUGGCGGACAUGGGAGCAGUUUUCAAAAAGAUACAAACCAAUUACACCACCCUUACGGUCUUCAGCGGAGAGCCCACUUGUCUCGGGAACGAAACCUCCAUCUUUGGACCCCGAGGCGACAAGACGCUCGCCCUGGCGAUCAGAGACUUCUAUUCUCUCUUCACACCCCAUCAUUCAGUCAAAGAAUUCUUGAGAAACUUCUGGAGAAUAGUCAACGAAGUGAUUCUGAAGCGUCACUUCUACCUGUUCUACAACAUGGAAUACUGGUUCUUACCCGUGAAAUUUCCUUUUGUCAAAAUAGCCUAUGAGGAAAUCCCCUUGCCUAGUUCAAAAGCCAGGAGACUGAAUCCCCCAUCACAAAGGACAUCGGCAGAUACAACCCGGUUGUGAAAACAGUCAACGCUCUCGUGAAUGUCUUUUAUUUCUAUCAGGAGAGCGCCCCCAGGAAGAUUUAAUUUACAAUCCAUCCUGUCUUGUCUUGCACUGAGUAAGAGCAGGAGAGUCUUUUAUAUACUGAGUUGAUUCACGUCUACAGCAAUGUUCCCUCUAAGCUGUGAAGUCCUGUGAGCAAAAAUUCUACUUUGUGAGCU